AUGUUCAACUGGGCCAAGCAGCAGCUGGCCAAUGUCGCCGGUACCCAGGAGCCCAUCUAUGGCCCCGAGGCCAUCAAGUCGGUCGCCGUCGAGACCGAGAAGACGCCCUUCACCGAGGCUAAGCGUGAAGACCUGAAAUGGCAGGCCAUGGACUCGACGUCGGUCGAGACUCAGACCAUCUACAUCUUUGGCGAGAACGGCUACAUCGCUCUUCUCCAGGUCAUCUACAGCAAUGUUGCCGGCAUCCGCACAACCUGCCAGUUCAACUGCAAAAUCUUUUACCCCGACCGCUCCAAGCCCAUCCUCUGGUGCUCGACACCCCUCACCAACCAUGACUUUAGCGAGGACAUGGCGAGCUUCUACGCUGACGACCUCGCCGUCGAGCUGUCCGAGGAUGGCACCUUUUACACCAUCAAGAGCAUGAACGACGAGCGGGCCAUCGUCAACCUCAAGCUCACCCGCACCUCUCCCGGCUUCCAGGCCGGCGCCACCGGAAAGACUCUGUAUGGCACUGACCUCGAGAACCCAUGGGGCUCCAUGCGACACGUCUUCUGGCCGCGGUGCGUGGCCGAGGGCACCAUCACCACCGACGAGGGCCCCAUUGAUUUCAAGGGCCGCGGCUUCUACGUCUACGCCCUCCAGGGCAUGAAGCCUCACCACGCCGCCAGCCGGUGGAACUUUGUCAACUUCCAGGGCCCCACCUACUCGGCUGUCAUGAUGGAGUUCACCAGCACGCCCUCUUACGGCUCCACGCUCGUCAACGUCGGCGGCAUUGCCAAGGACGGCGAGAUUCUCAUUGGAGGCUCCAAGAACACGGCCACUCACACCCAGGUUAAGAACGACUCGGAGAAUGACUGGCCGGAGCCGAGCCAUGCCAAGUACACCUGGUUGGGCACGGACAAGGACGGCAAGGCCGUCGAGGCGUCCUCCGAGGGACCUUUGGAAGAGCGCGUUGACCGCGUCGAUGUCAUGGCCGAGGUGCCUGGCUUCGUCAAGACGAUUGUUGCAGCGGCUGCUGGAACCAAGCCCUACAUCUAUCAGUACCACCCGAAGCUUCCCUUGAAGCUCAAGAUCGGCGACCAGGAGAUCGUCGAGGAGGGCACCAUCUUUACCGAAGCAACCUUUAUCUCGUAA